CAAAUAGGCCUUGAACUCACACAGUCUUUCUGCCUCAGCCUCCCAGGUGGUGGGAUUAUAGGUGCACUCCACCUCUCACCCAACAGAAAUAGAAGUUUAAGCUCUGUAGAGUGCUGUGUGAAGGAUUUUUAGGGUCUGGCUUAAUAAAGGCACUCAACCCAGACAAGAGUGACUUCCUGCUCCACUAGGAAUGUGGAUCCUUCUCCGAGGCGUGCACCCGCUCCGGGCCUUGCUGCCUUUGCGUGGGGAGUGGAUGGGCCGCAGGGGCCUUCCCCGAAGCUUAGUCCCAGGCCCGCCUCGAAGACGAUACAGGAAGGAGGCUCUCCCAGCCUUGGAGGUGUCAGUGUUGGCUGUAACCACAGCCGAAAUCCGCCAGUAUCUGCGGACACGGGGGAUCCCCUUCCAGGAUGGCCACAGCUGCCUUCGAACACCGAGCCCCUUUGUGGAGUCCUCACAGGUCAAGGGUCAGACUCAAGCUACCACUUCCUUCAGCCUCUUCAUUGACAAAACCACAGGCCGCUUUCUCUGCAUGACCAGCCUAGCAGAAGGGAGCUGGGAAGACUUCCAGGCCAGUGUGGAGGGGCGAGUGGAUGGGGUGAAAGAGGGGAUCCUGCCUAGUGAGACCCCAGAAACUGAGAACACUGAGGAGGUCCGGAGGAUUUGGGACCGAGCAGUGCCUCUCUGGGAGCUGCCUGACUCAGAGGAGGCCCAGGUGGCUCGCGUGAUGUUUGGCCUGACCAAAGUGACAGACGACACACUGAAGCGCUUCAGUGUGCAGUAUCUGCGGCCUGCUCGGAGCCUGGUCUUCCCUUGGUUCUCCUCUCAAGGCUCAGGAUUACGAGGCCUGAAGCUUCUAGGUGCUGAAGGCCGGGGGGAUGGAGUGCACUACAUGGAGACCACCAUACCCCGCCCAGGUGCUUACCACAACCUGUUUGGAUUACCACUGAUCAGCCGUCGGGAUGUUGAGGUGGUCUUGACAAGUCGUGAGCUGGACAGCUUAGCCUUGAGCCAGGCCACGGGGCUUCCCACCCUUGCCCUGCCCCGAGGAACGCUCUCCUUACCCCCUACCUUACUCCCAUACCUUGAACAGUUCCGCCGCAUUGUAUUAUGGCUAGGGGAUGACCUUCGUUCUUGGGAAGCUGCCAAGUUGUUUGCCCGAAAACUGAACCCAAAACGAUGCUCCUUGGUGCGCCCUGGAGACCAACAACCCCGUCCCCUGGAGGCUCUGAACCGAGGCUUAAAUCUGUCUCGCAUUCUUCGUACUGCCCUACCAGCCUGGCACAAGUCAAUUGUGUCUUUCCGGCAGCUUCGGGAGGAGGUGCUAGGAGAAUUGUCAAAUGUGGAGCAAGCAGCUGGCAUCCGCUGGAGCCGCUUCCCCGACCUCAAUCGUCUCUUGAAGGGACAUCGGAAAGGCGAGCUGACAGUCUUUACAGGGCCGACAGGCAGUGGAAAGACAACGUUCAUCAGUGAGUAUGCCCUGGAUUUAUGUACCCAGGGGGUGAACACACUGUGGGGGAGCUUUGAGAUCAGCAAUGUGAGACUGGCCCGGGUUAUGCUGACCCAGUUUGCUGUGGGGAGGCUAGAGGAGCAGCUGGACAAAUACGACGAGUGGGCCGACCGCUUUGAGGACCUCCCGCUCUAUUUCAUGACUUUCCAUGGGCAGCAGAACAUCAGGUCUGUGAUAGACACAAUGCAGCACGCAGUCUAUGUCUAUGACGUUUGUCACGUGGUCAUCGACAACUUGCAGUUCAUGAUGGGUCAUGAGCAGCUGUCCACAGACAGGAUUGCAGCCCAAGACUACAUCGUUGGGGCCUUUCGGAAGUUUGCAACAGAUAAUAACUGCCAUGUGACAUUGGUCAUUCACCCCCGGAAAGAGGACGAUGACAAGGAACUGCAGACAGCAUCCAUUUUUGGCUCAGCUAAAGCAAGCCAAGAAGCGGACAACGUUCUGAUCCUGCAGGACAGGAAGCUGGUAACUGGGCCAGGGAAGCGAUAUCUGCAGGUGUCCAAGAACCGCUUUGAUGGAGACGUGGGUGUCUUCCCGCUUGAGUUCAAUAAGAGCUCCCUCACCUUCUCCGUACCACCAAAGAGCAAGGGCCGGCUCAAGAAGAUCAAGGAUGACAGUGGACUGGUUGUCAAGAAGCCCUCUUCUGGCAAAAAGGGGGCUGUGCCCCAGAACCAUGAGACCUGCCCGGGCCAUGACCCCAUCCCCUACCAGCCAGACACCUCUAACCCUACGGGGUAAAGGCAGUUGACAGCCGACCCCUAAAGUGAACCUCAUGGGACAGGCCAGAGUGUGGAUCUUUCUUGGCCCUCUGCUAGGGCUUCUCUGCACUAUAAUUCUAAGCUGUGGUUCCUUCUCAGCUUAGGGCAGGGCGCCAUAGAAAACUCAGCAGCUAUGUGAGGACUGACGAUGUGAUAGACUUUGUUCAAGGUCCUGUAUAUGCAGCACUGAAAAGAUGCAUAAGGUCUUUGUUUCCACGGAACCUGCACCGUGGUACAAGAGACGAGCAGUGAACAAAUAAACAGAAGACACUGACAGGGAUAGAAAGAAAAUAGAAAUGUGACAGAGUGCUCAAGGGCUACUUGAAGUGUUCUAAAACGAUGUCUCAGUAGAGGGGAUGUGAGUUGGGGCCUUGGGAACUAGGCGGGGAGGUUGUGUCCGGAUCGGGAGAAGGAGGUGGAGGUGCAGGCUGAGAAGCCCUGAGCAAGUGAGGCGAGAGGCCAUGAGGUCAGGCCCUGAGCCCGGAGGGGACGUCUGACUUCUGGCUAACGACUGGAGUCAAAGGAUGAUGGGAUGGCAGACGCGCCUCUGCUGCCCACUUCAGAGGCUGCUAGAGUCAGACCCCGAGUGCUUAGCCCUGUCACGAGCCUGGGUGUGGGGGGUCCUCCACGCGAUGCUUGGCUGCAGAGCCGUGGAAGGGGCUGGAAUCCUGCCCCUGGGUGCUGGUUCCAUCGUGUGCUGCCUCAGACAGGAGCCUAGAGGAGGGAAUCUUUUGUAGUUUUCAUGAAAAAUAAUUUUCCUGUUACUUUUAUUUGUGUGUGUUUUCUGAUAUGUCCACCAGGUGUCUCCCCAGUCUAACUGCGCUGGAGGAGGGGCAGCUCUGGCUCCUGAGGAAGCCAGGACCUUGAAAGGCCUUCACUUCCCACCUCCCCUCCUACUUCUUGGCCUGGGGAGACAGGGUGGUGGUGUCCAUGAUGCUCUCCCAGGAGAUUUCUGGUGAAGCCGCAUGCCCAGGCCCUGCCUGACCAGCUGCUCCUCUUCCCUCUGUGGUAUGAGCCACUUCUCUCCCUGUGGACUCAAG